GCUAUUCUCUUUCCGAACGGUCGGCCUGUCGAUGGCCUUUUUCAAGGUUCGUGGACACUCUGUCGUUCACGACGAGCGUCACUGAUUGCAUCGGAUACUUUGGGUGCUUUGGAGGAAAGGCAAUCGAUAGAUUGAUUGAUUGCUUGAUAGUCGACACCAUCACACGGCAAGAUUCCAGACAGCUAUCCCACUUACGGCAAGUCAACUUACACUUAGCAUGAACCCUCGACACGUCUGGGCCGUGUCGGCUACGUCGACGACGGUUCUCAUUUUCUCGGCAUGGUACUGGUUGAAUCUGUAUCAUGGGAAAGCCCUGCAAUCGAUCGUCUAUACUCCCAAAGUCACGCCGUACGGUGUCUACACAAGCGUUUGGGAAGUCUGUAUCUAUCACGUUUGGUUCCUAGUACUGGGCAGUGUCGUUGAUGGCAACAGUCUGCUGACCCAAUUGGCACGGUGGCAACACCACGACCGCCCCGGGUUGGAACACCGAGUACACAGCGAUCUCCGGCAGGUACUCACGGCGCGUCCGAGUGCCGACGAGACAACUCCUAGCCGGAACAACGAUGCCGACUUUACCGCGGUCACCAUGCCAAAAUCCAUCGAGGACGGAGCCGAGAAUAUUGUCGUGGCGCAUUCGGCCCGCACCAUCUUUUACCACGCGAUUCAAACCUUACUCGACGAGCGAUUCGAAGAGACGGGGGUUCGCAAACUACGCAUUGGUACACAUUCGGUGCAGUUUGGUUCCUUCUAUCGCCUUUUGCAGACUCUGCCAGACGCCACCAUCGAAUUUGUACAGAUGGAUUUCCAUCCGCUGCAUUGGACACUGGACGCGCAAUCGGUAGAUGUUGAGGCUUUUCGAUCGUGCGACCUGAUUCUUGUACAACACGUCUUUGGCGUUCCGCUACCACAAGAUCCACUCCUAGAGCUCGGCAAGCGCUACAACAUUCCCGUCAUGGAAGAUUGUGUGCAGUCUGGAUCCUUGUACGGAAGCUACCAGGGGCAUCCCGGGGCCGAUUUGACCUUGUGGAGUGGCGGACUCGACAAGAUACCUUCCUGUCUGGGUGGCGGAUUUGCUUACUUUCGCAAUACUCCACAUGGCAAUAAGCUUUAUCAAGCCUGCCGUGAUCGAAACGAGGCUUUGCCGGUCGAUUCUUGGCGAGAUCGGGCUCUGUCAAUCUUCAAACAGUUUGUACAUUUGGCCAUUGCCAAAAAUACCCUGGGGAUUGACAAUUUGUUGGGAUUCACCGGAUAUGCAUGGUUGCGGGAACAUCACGGCAAUGCCAUUCCCUGGUAUCACAUUGGUCUUCAAGUCCGCAAGGACAAGGCAUUGGCUCCUUUUCAACACGAAACUUCCAAAUUUUUGCGACGUCCCUCGGCUGCCCAGCUUUUGGCCAUGCGCUACGGUGUCCGCAAAACUUUGCACUACGAGAAAGUAGCCCGGCUGGAAAUAUCGCAACGAGCAUUCCUCUUGUCGCAUAUUCCCUCCCAAUAUCACCACAAGCUCUUUCCCUGGAUGACAACAGAAGUCCUGCUGGCCCACGAACGCAAUCUCGGUAUUUCGGAGUUUACCUGGGUGGUGGCCCCGGAUGCAGCAUCGCGCCGUCGCUUCACACAAUUCCUAAGUGAUCGUUUCGUCAUUGCAUUGAUCAACACCACCUGGGAAUACAACGGGGACAAUAUCGGUAAGGAUAUCUGCCAACGACUCGUCUAUUUACCAAAUUUGAACGAAAUGACGCAGGCUCAGAUCAAGCAUGUUGCAAGUGUACUGACGGCAUGGUCAGAAGAGGAACAGCUAGAUGACAUGUCGGAAACUCCUAGUAAAUCUACGACGGCACAAGCCACCAAGAUUACCAACUCCGAGACACGUCAGGAAGGAAUCCAGCUCCAGGUGAAUCCGAUAGUGAAUGUUCCGGAGUAUAUUGUCACAGCACAAUCUUCCUAGUUGCGUGAAAGCUACCCCUAUAUGUGUAUCCGUACUGCCUUCCCUCGUUGGGAUUAUAAUGGUCACAGAAAAUAAAGCAGCUAUUCUUC